AUGUACAGAGCCAGCCAGUUCAUUAAGAAUGUGACGACCUCGACGGGAAAAGAGAUUGCCAUCGCAUAUGUGAGCAAGACAGACACGUGGGACCGACCAUUCGUUGCUCAGAAUACCAAAAGCGAAUUCGCCGAAGUUGCAGAAAAGUACAAGGAUACUUUGAACCCUAAUACAGUAAAAGUUGCGAUGAACCGAAGGGAGGCGGAGCAUCCAAGCCAGAACGAUGCUGCGAAACACUAUUCAGCACUCGAACUCGACAAGGACGAGAACGUUAUUGCGUCGAAACACUACUAUAAAUAA